ACACCUUCAACUGGAGAACACAGACAGUUCAGAAAUUGAGAGAAGCAUUUUAAUGUUUGCUGAAAUGACACCAGGUUCAAACCACUCCUAUUCAAGAAAAGGGAUUGAAAGAAAUUGCUGUGUGCCGUACAGACAACAGAAACCCAGAUCUGAGAAGAUCUGCCACUUUUCAGGGACAAGGACAAAAGAUCAGAGACACAAAAAUCCAAAAUCCCCCUGCCUCAAGAACUGUCUCACCUUUUGCUUCAAGGACCAGACGAGGAUGGAGCAAAGGGAACCACCACUGGAUUCUCAUGUUGAAGGGACUGAAGGAAGACUCAGGGAACUGGCUUCAAAGUGGUUCAUAGAGACUCAAGUGUCACUUAUCGUCCAAAACGGCUUUUUCCCAACUUGGUUCCUGGGCUUCAUCACGAGGAAGGAGGCUGAAGAAAUACUGAAAGAAAAGGAGCUGGGCUGUUUUCUGAUCCGUCUCAGUGAUAAGGCCAUCGGAUACAUACUGUCUUAUAAAGGCAGGGAUCGGUGUCGACAUUUCAUGAUAAACCAAGGUGAAUCAGGUCAGUUUGUAGUGUGUGGAGACAUUGAAGGGCACAACUCGGUCUCUGAUCUCAUAGAAUACUACAAGACGAGCUCCAUUCAGCCAUUUGGAGAGUACCUGACAUCUUCGUGUUUUGAGGUACUGAAUAAAGAGGUGUAUGAUAUCAUCCAGGUUAGCCCAAAAGAAAAGCCUGCAGCUGGUGCUGGGGCUUCAAGGAACAUGCAAAAACCACACAUAAACUUAGAGCAGCCGCCUGCACGGCCACCGAGGAGCAACAGGACACAAGAGGAAGUACCACCUUUGCCUCGGAGGGACAGGCACCUUGAGAGUGGCCUCCUGAAUGACCAUGGCGGAGUUUUGUACGCUCAUCUCAGAAAGCAAUCACCGAGGGAGAUACCGAGACUCCAACACAUCAGUCAGGACAAUUUCCCUGGAGAUAAUCUGGGGAGAGCUGGGAGAUCCACAACACAGGAUCAGAGCAGGUGUAGUCCUCCAUCUGGACCUGAAUCUGUUUACUCCGAGCUCAGCCUGCAGGGCAGUAAGAGCCGGUCUCUGCCACUUUUAGACAACAGCUCUGAUGGAGAGCAGUCUUACAGACUGACUGCACCCCCCCACACACCACCCAGGCUUUCCCCCAAACCCGCCAGACAAGCCGCCUACUCUGGGCCAGACUCGUUCAACAGACCGAGCAGCAGCCACAGCCUGGAGAAUACGAGUGACGCUGCUGUCUAUCACCUGGCUGGCCUGCCUAGUAGCCAACGCACUACAUCCUCUGGCACCAAAUCCUCAGGGCAGCACAGGGAUUCAGUGUACGCUGAGGUCCAAGAGGAAGCCGUUCUGGGUCAUGACAAUACAUACGAGCAGAUUCCUGGACACGAGGAUACAGCUUCACCUGAACCCAACAGCAACACUUAUGAGCCUCUAGAGGACAUCAGACCAAAACUUCACCACUCCUGGGGGUUAAAGAAUGAUAAAUGGAAAUGGCUGUUCCCUGAGGCCAAGAGGAAAUGGUGAAGAGGUUACCAGCUACUGAUGAAAAUGUUCACUAAUUUCACUCUGACACUACAGUGGUCCUGCCUAAUAUACACUCUGUGAAAGCUUUUAUAUAUAUUUAACAUGAGUUUACAUGUUCAUGGCUAUUCAAAUUAUAUCUUCUGUAUUUUUUAUGUAUUUAUUUAAAAAAGAUAACACAUGCAUUUACAUGUUUCUUGACAUUAAAAAAG